AUGCCUAUCAGACGCCUCAACGUGCGGGGAGGCACGGUGGCGGAUUCGGCCAAGACGAGGGGAUGCAAGUGCACCAUAUGUGGGAAGGCCGACAAUUCGCCAGACCCUGUCACGCCGGAGCACAGCAGGUUGUGGGCUUCUUACAAGGCAAAGAGCGGGGAUGUCUUUGCCCUUGAGUAUACCACCGACGGGCCGCACUGCUGGUACUGCCUUCGCGUCUACGACUCCCGCUACAAGACCGAGUACCCGAAAGUGGCCAACUUCGUGACUAAGUACGUCGAGGUGCACGCGAUCCACGAGCAGUUCACGAAGUACUCGGCGUGGCUCGUCCAGAAGAUUCUCGACUGGGUCGAGGAGGGCAACGACAGGGAGCUCAUGUGCCAGCUGACUUGGCCGCAGGCGACGCAGCUGGAUCAGCUCACGAUCUUCGAGACGGUCUGGAACCUCCCGCCGCAGAGAUGCGUCGAAUUGAAGGAUUACUCUCACGGUGACCCCGCCACGAACGGCCGCGGCGACAAGAAGAUAAAGGGCCCCGGCGGAGUUGACUUGGUAGAACUGAAUGAGCCGAGGAUCUGGACGAAGGAGCGGAAGAUCAUCUCGCAGGCGCGCAGGACAGUCACUGUCGUUGACCAGUCCGACCCCUUGGCAGCCGAUCACGCGGACCACCAGCUCAAGGCCCUGGGGAAGCAGAUGAUGAAUGGCAACUUCGACCUCGCAGCCUCCUCCGCAUGCGGCAGCAGCUGUAGUGGCCAACCAGCGCGCGGAGGCCCGAGCCCAGGGAAGGCGCCCGAGGUCCCUGGCGAUAGCUUUGGCCAACAGGGCGCUGGCGUCGUAGACGCUGCUGAAGCAGGCGGCGCGAAGGUGGAGGGCGACGCCGAGGUCAAGCGCAGGAGGCGGGUGGGGGCGCCUACUGAGGCCGCCGCGAAAGGUGGCGAGAGCGGCGGAGCUCCCGCGCCCCCCAAGCGCCGGCAGGGCAAGGCCAAGGCCAAUGCCACCGAGCUUGCUGCUGUUGGAGAUGGCGUUGGCGCCGGAGGCCAAGCGAAGAAGAAGAGGGGCCGCAAACCCAACGAGGGCGACAAGAUGCUGACGCAGGGGUUGAAAGAGCUGAAGGAGGCAAAGUUGAACGCCAAGAAGUUCUACGGGGCCGAGUGGAAGAACACGAAGAGGAACUGGGGCAACUACCUGGCCUCCCUCAGCGAGCAGAUCGAGCACGAGGAGGACGAAGGAGCUCUCGAGAGGCUGGAGUUAGUUCAGAGGUCGGCAUCUUGCGCGCGGAAGGUCCUCCAUGUGAUCUCCUCGAAGGGUUUGGAGUCGAAGGAGUUUGCUGAGAUCUAUGCCGAGCAGGUCGAGUGGCUCCAGCAGUUCCGUGGGGCCACGAAUCCUUUUCCGAAAAUUUUGCAGCAGCGGGCCACCCGCGCGGCGGGCGCGCAUGCAUGGCCCCCGCCUCGCUUCUGGCCGCUCCUGAGCGACAGCGAACUCUCCUUCUUGGACCAAGUUGACGACUUCCAGGUGGAGCUCUUCGGCGAGAAGAUCCUGGCCAUUGUGCACGAGAAUACGCCCGACGACAUGAAGGCCACGUUAGGGGAGCUGGUCGCCGCGUUCGCCCCUUACGCCGACCAGUUCCAGAGCCGCAAGCUCCCCGCGGAGGUGGAGACGUUGCAGGUGAUCGUGCGCGCCCCGGACUACCCGCCCGAGCUGUCCCCGGAGGAGCGCGCCAAGAAGCUGGGAGAGUGCCUCGCUAACUUCAGCACGUUCCACGCCGGGUCCGCGCUGACUGCGGCCUCCAAGGACGAGGCGGCUCGCGACCGCCUGAGAGACCUCGAGUCCGCGGUCAAGCAGCAUAAGGAUCUCACGACGAAGUGGCAGGUGACCAUGGAGCUCUCCCCGGGCGCCCUCGGGGAGAUUGGCGGUCUGAUCAAGGCCAUGGGGUCCGAGGCCGCCGAGAAAGUCCUCACCGAGGAGGCCCUGACCGAACUCAAGAAGAAGAUCACCGGCGCCGUCGUCGAGGCGAUCGGCCACGACCCCGACAAGGAGAUCGACCAGCCCAAGUACGAGAAUCUGUCCGCUUUUGCGAAGGCCAUGGAGGAGGCCGUCGACGUCGACUGGGCGCGGCCGUCGGUUCGCUUCGCCGAGGCGGGGUCUCUCCUGUCGGGCGCCUUGCACACUGCGACUCUCUACGACGCGUGCAAGAGCGCGCAUGAGAUCCACAAGGACACGGCCGUGAAGCUUGCAUCGACUCUCGGCGACACCGCCGGCCUGCUCUUCGACUUGGUGGAGGGCUGCCUCGGCGAGGCGCCUCGCCUUGGUCUCUGCGCUUGGUUCGAGAAGGCUGCCAAGUCAGAGGUCGGCUGCAAGUGCAUGACGGAGGCACUCGCGUCGGUGGCCCCGGCGUUGGACUCGCGCAAGGCCGUCUGUCGCGAUUUCUUCGGCGGCACCACCGAGGUCGUGCUGAAGCCCGAUAGCGACCUCUCGAACUACGCGACGUUCAAGAUCGAGGGAGACCUUCCGAAGACGCUCGGGGUGUUGAAUCAGAUAGCAGACAGGAAGCUCGUGUCCUUGGAGCUCAGGUUCAUCGAGAAGUUUGGCGACCUCGUGAGCGCCUGCACGAAGGCUUACGACGCGCGCCGGAAGCUGAAUACGCGCCAGGAGCGCAGGAUGUCCGAGUCCAGCGUAAAAGAGAUGACCACCGUGACCAUGCGCCUGAAGGAGCUCGACACUUUCAUGGAGUCCGUCGCCAAGAAGGGCCUGACGUUGUUCCCCGCACCCGUUCCCCAAGAUGGAAUGGAGGCGUUCGUCAAGCGGCCGAUGUCGAUUGGCGCAGUUCUCAACAUGGGCCCAUUCGUCGCCACCGUUGCAGGCUUUAAGGAGUUCUUGGCUGAUGCUACGCAGGCUUGGUUGAAGGACUGCCUGGAUAUGUCUAACCACGUGAAGAGCUACGUCUUCGCGAUGACCGAUCAGCAGAAGGACUCGAUUCUCAGCGCCGACCUCCAGGGAACGCUCGACUCCCUCGUGCAGCCGUCCCAGAUCCAGCGCUGCGCCAAGGCGGCCUCUCUGUUGUCGGUGUGGCGCAAUUGGUUGAAGAACCUCGGCGUGUUGACUCCUGGGGACUUCAGGGACGUGGGGCUCACGAUCGAUUCGUUGUCGCAGUGCUCUCAGUUCGGGGCCGCCGCGCGCAAGAUCUAUAUCGAGCUGCCUAGCGUCCCCAACAGGGUGAUGCGCAAGAGGGCGGCCGAGGCCUUCAAGAAGGAGAAUAAAGUCGCGGUCGGCUCAGACCUCUCGAGGCGCUUGCAGGCGCUCAUUGAGGGCGAGCCGGCGGCUGCCCAGCAGCCGCCCGAGGCCGCGACGGGCCUGCAGUUCGUGCACUCCAGGCGCAUCGUCCACAGAGACCUGAAGCCCGAGAACAUCCUGCUGGCGCCCUCCCAGGGCUCGGCGCUCCCGGACGCGAAGCUCUCGGACUUCGGCCUGUCGAAGCAGAUUAUGGACGGGUACACCCACGCGGAGACCGCCUGCGGCACCCCGCAGUACUGGGCACCGGAGGUUGUCAAGCACACCGUGCACGGGGGCGGGAAGUACGACUUCCGUGCCGACCUCUGGAGCCUCGGCAUGGUGCUGUACGUCAUGCUCAUGGGCCGCGUGCCCUUCCAGCACGGCGAGUACGUCCGCUUCCGCGGCACCUGGCACGCCGACGAGCUGCACACCGGCCUCACCCGCCGGAGGCCGCAGGACCGGAUGAGCCUGGAGGAGUGCCUGCAGUCCGCCUGGGUCAUCGACAGCGGGAGGCAGCAGGCGGCGCCCGGCGCGCUGACGAGGAAGGCGCUGUCCGAGUCGCAGCUUUGCGCCCAGGGGUCCCAGCCCGCCCGGCUGGACAUCCGGCUGCCCCGCGCACCUGCAGACGUGGCGGCUCUCAAGGGGGAGCUGCUCGACUUCGCGUCGAGGCACAGGGUUCCGGCGAGCCUGCACUUCCUGCACCUCAGCGUGACGUUCAGCGAGGCCAUGCCAGAGGACGCCGCCAAGGAGGCCGAGGAGGAGCUCGUCGAGCUGGCGCGGCGGCACGUGCCCGAGCUGAAGGCGCCGGCGGGGCAGGGCGGGCAGCCGCUGCUGUCGGGGGAGGUGCUGCAGCAGCGCCAAGAGGAGCUGGAGUCGCUGGAGGCCGUGUACGGCUCCGAGCUGGAGGUGCUCGGCACGAGCGAGUGGCUCGUGCGGCUCGGCCCGCGCGUCGCCCUGCGCGUGCGGCUGCCGCCCGGCUACCCAGUGUCCCAGCCCCCCGAGCCGGACUUCGAGUGCCCGCCGCACGUGCGGGUCCCCGCCGAGCUGGCCGAGGAGAUGGCCUCGCAAUGGCUGCCGGGAGACUUCGCGGUCUGCCUCUGGGCGGAGCGCCUCCGGUCUGCCGUCGGCCCCGCCGGCCUGGAGGGGGGCACCGGCCAGCGGAACGCCUCGAAGCACCAGCGCUUCGUGACUUCAUGGGCAGCUGGGCCCUGACGCAGUUCGAGGACAUCGAGCCGGGCGAGACCAGGGAGUUCCCCACCUCGCUGACGUCCUUCCAGCGCUUCGUGUUGCACCGCCUGGCUACCCACGUCGGGUGGGAGCACGAGUCCCGCGACGUCCCCGUCGCGAAGCGCCACCUGACAUUUCAUCCCAAAGGCGCCGACUCGAAGGAGGAGAUCAUGGCCCGGCAGAUCCUGGUGACCCGUCCCUCCAAGGGGGCCCCCGAGCUCAAGAACCUGGACAUCCCGGCCGCGGCCUUCCUGGCCGACGUCCACGAGCGCCGCGAGGCGCGCGGCGAGCGCGGCAGAGGGAAGGGCCAGGCGCCGCAGGAACCCUCGAGCCCGGCGCCGCGGCCGCCUGUUGGGGCGCACGUGGUCGUUGCCGGCUUCGGCGAGGCGAUCGUGCAGGAGCACGUGCUCUCCGGCAGGCACGGCGGCCGCACGCGGGUGAUGUACCCGGACGGCAGCACGUACCACUGCCGGCCCCGCGACCUCGAGCUGCUCGGGGCCUCGAGCACCGCGGGGCCGCGGCGGCGCUCCCUGUCCGGCUGAGCGGAGGUCCCAGAGCCAGAGCAACGCCCGGGGACGCUCCCGCUUGUCGAUAGCUGCUUAGGACUAGUGUAGGUAGUGCGGCCAUUGCCAAAGGCACAAAUGUGGCGGCCAUGCCUUUCAGCGGCAA